GGCCAAACACAAGCACGUUUGUCUGUGGCCCCAGCCUAGUGUACACUUGUGGUGUCACUCGGCCCCGCCCCGUCCGCCCACGUGCGCUCGGAGUCCCCCCGCCCAGCCCCGGGCACACUUGCGCUGUCAAUCAGCGCAGCAACUUCACUUCGGGUGGAUGGCAAGCAGGACGCUCUGGGAGACUGACCUCAUGGACACCACGCUGCUCCUGGUCUUGGGGCUGCUGGCCCAGGCCCUCCCAGCUGCCGCCCAUUUCCAGGAACAGAAGUACUGUGUGGGAACAGAACCAGGGUCCCCCAGUGUGGGAGCUUCAAAGGGCCUUGGCCUGUCUGCUGGUGUACCUGGGCCUCCCUGGCACCAGGUGGCCAGGUCGGGCCGUGUGCGCAGAGCCUGGGUCAUCCCUCCCAUCAGCGUGUCUGAGAACCACAAGCGAAUCCCCCUCCUGCUCGUGCAGAUCAAGUCAGACAAACAGCCUCAGGGCGGCGUCAUCUACAGCAUCCAGGGCCCCGGUGUGGACAAAGAGCCUCGAGGUGUCUUCUCCAUCGACAAGGUCACCGGCAAAGUGUUCCUCAAUGCCAUGUUGGACCGAGAGAAGACUGACCGAUUCAGGCUCAGGGCCUUCGCCCUGGACCAGGGUGGGGCCACCCUGGAGGAGCCCACGGACCUGGAGAUCGUGGUUGUGGAUCAGAACGACAACCGGCCCGUCUUCCUGCAGGAGGUGUUUACUGGCCGGGUACCCGAGGGCUCUGCCCCAGGCACCUUUGUGACGAGGGCCGAGGCUACCGACGCGGACGACCCGGACACGGACAACGCGGCGCUGCGCUACUCCAUCCUGGCGCAGGACGGGCCUGGCUUCUUCCGCAUCGACGAGCGCACGGGCGAGGUCCGCACCGUGCAGGUGGGGCUGGACCGCGAGGUGGCUGCCGUGUACAAUCUGAGCCUGCAGGUGGCAGACAUGUCUGGAGACGGGCUCACGGCCACCGCCUCUGCCAUCAUCACUUUGGAGGACAUCAAUGACAACGCCCCAGAGUUCACCAGGGACCAGUUCUUCCUGGAGGCCGCCGAGGCAGUUAGCGGAGUGGACGUGGGCCGGCUAGAGGUUCAGGACAGGGACCUGCCUGGCUCCCCCAACUGGGUGGCCAAGUUCACCAUCGUGGAGGGGGACUCCGAGGGGCAGUUCACUGUGCGAACGGACCCCAAGACCAAUGAGGGUAUCCUGUCUGUGGUGAAGCCCCUGGACCACGAGAGCCGUGAAAACUACCAGCUCCUGGUGUCGGUGCAGAAUGAGGCCCCACUGCAGGCGGCGGCGCUCAGGCCGGAGCGGGGCCGGGCCACGGUCAGUGUGCACGUUCAGGACGUCAACGAGGCCCCCACCUUCUGGGAGAGCCCACUCCGGACCAGCCUGGCAGAGGGUGCAGCCCCGGGGACCCCUGUGGCCACUUUUUCUGCCCGUGACCCUGACACCCAGCAGCCACAGAGACUCAGCUACUCCAAGGACUACGACCCUGAGGACUGGCUGUGGGUGGACAGCGCCACAGGCCGCAUUCAGACACAGCGGGUGCUCAGCCCCGCCUCCCCGUUCCUGAAGGAUGGUUGGUACCGCGCCAUCAUCCUGGCCACCGACGACGCCUCGCCACCGCGCACGGCCACAGGCACGCUGUCCGUGGAGAUCGUGGAGGUGAACGACCACGCGCCCGUGCUGGCCCCGCCAGUCGGCAGCCUGUGCAGCGAGCCGACGCGGGGCUUUGGCCUCCUCCUGGGAGCCACGGAUGAGGACCUGCCCCCGCACGGCGCCCCCUUCCACUUCCAGCUGAGCCCCAGCAGCCCGGCGCUGGCCCAGAACUGGAGCCUCAGCCAGGUUAACGUGAGCCACGCGCGCCUGCGGCUCUCCGAGGGCCUGCACAGCGUCAGCCUGCUGCUCCGUGACUCGGGCCAGCCGCCGCAGCAGCGCGAGCAGAGUCUGAACGUGACCGUGUGCCACUGUACCUCCGCUGGCACCUGCCUGCCCGGGGCCGCCGCCCUGCGCGCGGGAGCCGUGGGCGUCAGCCUGAGCGCGCUGCUGGUGGUUCUGGGCAGCGCCACCCUGCUGCUGGUGCUGCUGCUACUGGGGACCUUCCUAGCGCGCUGCCCGCGGCGCUCUCGGGACACGGGGCUGCUGCAUGGACUGCAGGACGGCCUCCGCGACAAUAUCCUCAAUUACGACGAGCAGGGCGGCGGGGAGGAGGACCAGGACGCCUACGACCUCAGCCAGCUGCGCCACCCCACGGAACUGGUGGCCCUGGGGGAGACUCUGGGCCGGCCACCGCUGCGCCGCGACACUCAGUCGGGCCUCCUGCCUGGCCUGGCACCCCACCUUCUGCCUGCCAGUCCCGCAGACAUCGCGAGUUUCAUCCGCGUCGGUGUGGAGGCUGCCAACAGUGACGCUAGCGUGCCGCCCUACGACACUGCCCUGAUCUACGACUACGAGGGGGACGGCUCUGUGGCGGGGACCCUGAGCUCCAUCCUGUCCAGCCAGGGAGACCAGGACCAGGAGUACGACUACCUCCGUGACUGGGGACCCCGCUUUGCCCGGCUGGCAGACAUGUACGGGCGCCCCUGAGGUGGCCAGAGGGCAGGUAUUUUCUGCUGGACACAAAGGGACUCUCUGAUGGGGCCACCCACCCUCGCCAGGUGGGCGGUGGCUGGAGGGCACUGAUUCCUGGUCAGCAGAUGCAAGGAAGCUGGCUAAGGGUAGAAGCCAGUGGGGACAGCCGUGCACAGUGGACCCCGUCUUUGUGUGAGUGAACCCCUGGCAGACUGGAAUUAAAGGCACUCGUUUCUGCA